CCAUGUCGGUGCAGGAGGACCCGGUGCAGCGGGAGAUCCACCAGGACUGGGCCAACCGCGAGUACAUCGAGGUGAUCACCAGCUCCAUCAAGAAGAUCGCGGACUUCCUCAACUCCUUCGACAUGUCGUGCCGGUCCCGACUGGCCACCCUGAACGAGAAGCUGACGGCGCUGGAGCGGAGGAUCGAGUACAUCGAGGCCCGGGUCACCAAGGGGGAGACGCUGACAUAGGCCCGGGGCGGCCCCGGCCCCCGCCGCCGGAGCACCGCCGCCCCGCACCCCGCUCGGGGCUCGCCGCCGCCACCGCCGCCGCCUCUGCUCGUGUUGCCAAUAAACCGCUGUGCUCCUGCCCUGCCUGCUCUCUGCGUGCCUGCCUGGGGCCGGGCCGCGGGAUGCCCGGCUCCCUGCCACCGUCCUGGAUGUCCAGAGCCUGCCCUUCCAUCCGCCUGACCCACGGGGUUCGGGCACACAUUCCUCCCACGCGUGGGGGCUGUGCCGCAGGGGCCGCGGGCCAGGCCGUUCUCAGCUCCUAGAGGCACCUAACUGGCCUUUAGGGUGCUUUGUGCUCCUGCUGGGAUCACAGCAGAAAAUCUGGUGAUUCCUGUGGUCUGGAGGGUGUCUCAGCCUUCACAUGUGCACAUGUCAGGGCAGUGUGGGGACAGCAGGCUCACCUGGCGUGGUGCACAUGCCACAGGAGAGGACCCUUUGCCAGCUCAUGGGAAGAGGUGCUUCUCCUCUCUGCGAGGAAAGUGGCAAGGAGAAGGAGGUCUCUCAGCCCUUCCCACCACUCCUCUAUUUAUCUCAGUUUUUCAGAGGGCAUCUAGAUCUGCAGAUUCACUGCUCAUGUUUAGCGUUUGUUGGGGAGUCCAUGGAAUUUGUGUCAGCAAAGGUUUUAUUGCUUCCCAGCAGGCUUUAAAUGUCUUGGUUUAUUCUCCAACUGUAAUAUUAGCUUUUUCGUGAUGACACUUUCCUGUCUGCAGUGUUCACUGAGCACCUGGGUUACUUAAUGUCUGUUAUAUUUUUGAGGCUGUCUGACAUCAGCUGGUUCCUUGUUGCCUCCGAGCUCAUAGUUUUGUUCUCCAUAGGAAUCUCUGUUUCCGUUGUUUGAAUAAGUGCUCCACCAGCUUUUCCCUCAGCUCUCAUGGUUACUGUCAGGUUGGGCUGAACAUCAGGGAGGCUUGGCUGCUUCUUGAGCAUAGUACCUCUGAAAAUGAGUGCUUUGUGGCAGCCCUGAAGUGGAGUGGAACAGCCAUGGGUCACUGCCCUUAGGUGUUGGGGCUAUAUUAAAUCAGACUGUUGUCAUUUGAAGAUUGACAGAUGGAAGGAAAGCAGCUCUCUCUUGGCUCCAAGUUGGCUGCUCCAUAGCUCAAGUACAUCACAAGUACUGCCAUGGCCCAUGCAUUGCUUACUGUGUGCUGGAGUCCUGAGAUCUCCAUUGUUGGAGAUAACUCAGUGUUUAUCUGGAGAAGGCCCUGAACUAAUUGGAUGUUGAAGUUGGCUGUGCUUUGAAUGGGAUGGGGUUGAGGCAGAGACCAGCAGACGUUCUUGCCUAAAUUAUGCUAAGAUAAUUCAAUCCAAAGACUGAAUGGGAGACACACAGGGUAUCACAGUCAUCCCUGGGACUGGGUCUGUAUGGAGCUGACCUAACUCAAGAUCCAUUGCUCGUUUCUGUUCCCAGCUAGUAACAUGGUAUGUCUUAGAUCCCUUCCUGGUCUCCUGACUGGCCGUUUUAAUGGCUCUUUUUCCUCUGAUACCAGGAUUUCUCAAAAGGAGUAGGUUUUGCCACACAGUUGGUGGGAUCUGCUGGAAGGUACUACUCCUCCCAGGAUAUGUGCUUUCACAGAGCUUCAGCAGUGUGGGAUCAGCCUGUCUGGUUCAUCUCCCAGCAGGGAUGCUGGGCAGCUCACUGCAGUACAGAAUUCUGCCCUUUUCCUUUCAGGGAGUCUUACUAGUUCCCUAAGGAACCAGGUUUGUCGGUUGGGUGCUGCUUAUUCCAGGCUGUCUCUGGGAGGUGAAGCCUCCUGGUCUUCAGGCUGAUACUACUUCCUCCAGCAGCCUUGUAAUAGUUGGAGCUUUGAUACAUUUCAUUAUUUCAAAUACUGGGGAAUUCUGUUUGCCUUUUUUCUUUGUACUGUAUUUUGGGUUUUGGUUGUUUUUUUUUUCAGAAGAUGAUGCCCCAGGAACCUACAUUAAACUUUUUUGGAGUGGA